AUGAAACAAAAGUUCUUGGUAGAAUACAUUAAAUCAGGAACUAUUCCAGAAGGUUUUUACAUUCAUACUAUGAAGGAUGGUAGAGUUCAGUUUAGAAAGAUAAAGCAACCAUUAGAUAAAGAAGGAAUUUUGAGAAAGAUUAAACUUCAUGAGGACAACAUUGCUGAACUUAAGAAGAAGUUAGAAGAGUUGGAGAAAGCAGACGACAGUGAGUUAUAA